GAUGUACGUGACCCACAUCCUGCGGAAGUAAACAAUCCUCAGCUGACGUGGAGCAGCAGAGCGCAGCAGCACCGGACCAACUGGACCAACUGGACCAGAAUUCACGGGUGUAGAGAAGCUGUCGUGACUUUAGUCGUUGUCUAACUUCGCUUUUUAUUAAAUGGCCUCUGUUGGCGUCAUCUAAGCUCUCGAGAUAACUGAAGACCCACGUUAAACUCUUCGCUCUCAAGUAAAAUGGCGGCAGCGGACGAGGCCAGCAGACCGUUCGCCGGGCUGUCAGAUGUGUCCAUCUCAGAGGACAUCCCGGUGGAGGGAGACAUCUCCGUGCCCAUGGGCUCCUCCAGGCGGGAUGACGAGUUCUCCACCCUGGACGAGCCGGUGAAGGAGACCAUCCUGCGGGACCUGCGGGCGGUGGGGAACAAGUUCAUCCACGUCCUGUACCCGAAGCGCAGCUCGGCUCUGCUGCGGGACUGGGACCUGUGGGGCCCGCUGCUGCUCUGCGUGACGCUGGCUCUGCUGCUGCAGGGCGGGUCGGCGGACAGCGACGACCAGGGCGGACCGCAGUUCGCUGAGGUCUUCGUCAUCAUCUGGUUCGGCUCCAUCAUCAUCACCCUGAACUCCAAGCUGCUCGGCGGCACCAUCUCCUUCUUCCAGAGCCUGUGUGUGUUGGGAUACUGCAUCAUGCCUCUGACCGUGGCCAUGGCCGUGUGCCGGAUCGUUCUGGUCGGCGGCUCAGGCCCGGUCAGCUUCGGCGUGCGGCUGGUGGUGGUGACGGCGUCGUUCGGCUGGUCCACCUUCGCCUCCACGGCCUUCCUCGCCGACAGUCAGCCAGCCAACCGCAAGGCGCUGGUGGUCUACCCGGUGUUCCUCUUCUACUUCGUGAUCGGGUGGAUGGUCCUGACGUUCUCGCCAGCGCAGUAGAAGAGAAACAGAAGGAUUUGAGUUAAAUGGACAAAGCUGAGGAAGGUUUUUGUGGAGUGAAAGAACUCAAACAAACACCAGUAUCUGCCUUUGAAAGGAGAUGAAUGACUACUGAACUGACUGUGAGUGUUUCUGGGUCUCUCUUUGAGUAUUUAGACUCACGAAACACCAAAAUAAUUCCAAACGGACUCUGUCAGGUGAAGGGAUGGUCGAGCUGACACUGUGCUGCAGAUGGAGAGUUAGAAAGCUGAUGAAUAUGUUGGUAAUUCUCCGGUUUGUCUCCCAGAUGUUUACGAGCUGUGUAAAAAAUAAAGUCCAUAGGCUUGUACAGUAUACAGAAAUCUCUAUGAAUGUUUGAACUCGCAGGGCUAUGAUUGUUAUCGUUUCCUCCUCGUCUCUCUGGGUGUGUUUGAAACCUCACACUGUCUUCAGGACGGUGUCACGGACCUGAUGGGUUACAUUUUCAUACUAAACUCCUCGUUUUUAACAUUUUUCAUAAACUUUCAUGCAGCUUGACUAAGAACCCUGAGUGUCAAGUAACUGUCACAUAGUUCUUUGUCUCUAGUUUGUCCUUUACCAGAUUUUUAGUAUUUUGGGGGAUGUUUUUGUUCUUUAUUAGUCAGGUGACAGGAAAUGAGAGGAGACUGAUUGGGAGAAACAUCUCAGAGGAGUCAUGUCUCGGGUCGUGGUUGGCUCGUGAAUAAAGCCGCGAGGAGAGAGAAAGAGAGAAUGAGAGAGUUCUCUUGAUUGGUUGUUCAGCCCAGAAAAAAAUAGCUAUUCAUCCUUUUUAAAGCAGUAGUUAAACAGCUAGCAGCCAGUUAGCUUAGCUUAGCGUAGCACAGAAACUGGAAGCAGGGGGAAUCAGCUAGCUUGUUUUAAAAUGAACACAAUCCACCAACCUGCACCUCUAUCACUCGCCUCCUGAUUCACUUCUUCAUCUUUGCAUCAAGAUAUUUCACUCGAUCUUGGAAGAUGAAGAAACGUAUGUGAUGUCGUCUCUCGCAGCCAGACGGACGUAGAGACUGUAAUUUAUUUUCACCUCCACAUGUAAUUCAAGGAGUAAAACACAUCAGUAACUGGUGUAAAUGUGGAAGCAGGAAAUUCUUCUCUUCAAAGAAUAAAAUUGCAAAACGUCAUUAAAGAAAUUCUCAGUCUGAACUUCCUGUUCACUUCAGGCUGAUCAGUCACCUCCUACUAACCUGCCUGAUGACCUUUGACCCCUCCUGUAGACAGAUAACCUGUCUGCUGUUUCCCUGAUCACUGGGGCUACCUUUGUUCAUUACUUCUAAUUUAUAUGUAUUAAUUCACAUCAGCAAAUGAAACAGAUUAAAAAUAUAUUUGAUCAGC